AUGGUGCCAAAGACCCAACACGCCCCCCGGCUUCCGGUCGAGAUCAUUGAAAUUAUACUUUCUUAUUUCAAAGACAAUGCAAAAACCCCCUCACAUUUCAUCAACACAGCUGAUCGCGGUUAUCUUAAACAUGUCUCUCUCAAUUCACUCCUGAAAAUGCGCGUCCUUGGCAGGGAAUGGAACAAUACGAUCAUGAGUUUCAUUUUCCGAGAGCUCGACCUCCGAUGGCCAUUCUUAGUCCUAAAUCUUCUGAAAAAACAAAACCAAGCUUUCGUCAAUCCCGGCAUGCAUGGUUUACGUAGGUUGAGUAUUGGGCAUAUAUACUAUGUGCACUGCGGCCAAGUUUUCCCCGGCGACCGUGGUGCUCAGUUUGAUUUACACCCCCAUCGUUUCCCAGCCCCUGUUCUCUACACACCCGACGUUGGCCGGAUCCUUGAUCUUUGUAUCCAUAACUUAACCGAAUUGAAACUCGCGUUCGUUGGUCCAGUCGGGUUUUCUGAAGAGAUGGUGCACGCUGCAACAGCCGCCUCAAACCUCAAGGUGCUUAUCAUUACUUCUACUUUGGCUCGGCGCCAUGAGAAUGGCUCCGAAUCUAUCAUCGCCCGUCGCAUCCAACACGAUUCCGAAACUCUGAUUGCUUUCCUCAACCAGGUACCAUCGCUAGAGUCACUUUCUUUGAAUUUCCUUUCGCUAGAGAGUCUUCACGUCUCCCCUGGGUCGUUACCUAAUUUACAACACCUGUUCUUCGCAGAUGAUGAGUCAAACACCCACGCCAUUGUUAACUUCUGCCGUUUGUACGCGAAAAACUUGAAGCUUUUAGAAUACUCACCCUCUGGCGAUGCAAACGAGGCUGCAUCCGUGGUCUUUGCUCUGUGGGACUCAAUUGAGGCGCUUUCUAUAGACGCAUUUCCUUCUUGCAUCCCACAAACUAUGGCCGUUUACAACUUCUCUCGACUUCGCAUUUUACGAUGUUCUUAUUCCCACAUUUCACCUAUCGAACUUGAAUGGUUGCAAUCCCCUUUCUUUCAAAACAUCGAAAUUUUCAUUACAAAUUAUGCUAAAUCGAAGAAAAACUGGGAAGAAAUUCUGGCUGGAUUCCGAGCAAAUCCCAGCAUCCGACCCACCAAUCUCAAGCACAUCAUUUUCAUAUCAUCCAGUCCCUCUUCUAUUCAUGACUCUGAGCUGGUUCACGCAUUCCAAGAGCAAAGAUUAACUUGUCAUUUCAGGGGCCCAAUGACAUACACUGAGGUUUUAGAAGCAGAAGUUUGGGUUAAGAAUCAAAAUGCUCAAACGUUAACGUUGGCGGAAUAG